UGGCCGGAAAAGUGAAAGUGGCUUGGUGUUGCCAGACCAAGCCAGAAUAAUUUCAUGUUUUUGGGAAAGACGAUUUUACUUCUUGCCUAUCGAUAUCACUGCACUUGGGGCUUUUAUAAAAUGCCGCCCCAAUCUCCACCCCCAAACCAUUUAAACACAAUUGUGAAAUCAAAACACAACGCACUCGAGAGCCAUGUCCACCUUUGGAGCUGAUGUUGACCAAGUUUGGCCCGCGAUCACCGGGGAUUCCCUGCCGCUGACCAAUUUCGGACGCAAAUUGCUAAAGGAUUGCCGGCAGGUGAAGAAGCCUGUUGCUGGAGACAAUGAUUUGGAAAAUGUGAUGGCCAAAUCCCAGGAGUUUCCUCUGGAGUUUGGUGUGGAGAGUGUCCGGGUGAAGAGGCAAUCUCCUAUGCGGCUGACCAGGAUCAACGAGGAGGUAGCCUCCGCCUAUCCGGUGAUACACGAACGCACUCUGGGCCUCUAUCUGCAGUAUCUGGAGCACAAGUGCCACUGGGGGAACUCCGUGGAGAAGCCCAUCUACAGGCCACUCUCUCUCUGUGGAUUUGUGCAGCGCCUCCUGGAGAAGCGCUGCGCCAGCUUCUUUGCCCGCAACGACAAGUUCCUGCUGCUGAGCGGUGAGACGGGGGCCAGUGGCUUUGAAUCCGUGGGCACGCCGGAGGAAAAGGCACCCCUGGUGCUGGCCGACGUCCUGAGCUACGACGACAUCAAGUUGUCCGCCCUGCUCUCCGUGAGCUCACACACUGAGUUCGUUAACGAGGGCGAGCGGACCAAUUGCGGUCACGUUGACUUGCACACCAAGACGCUGGAGCGGACAGGCGUUAUAGUGGGCAUGAUUGGAGCUCGGCUGUCGCGGCGCAAUCUCAUGGAGUUCCAGGACAUUGUCAUUGCACGCCAGCAGAAUACGCGGGAAAACGGCUAUGGAAUGGCCUUGGAUGAGUCGUCUAAAACGCGAAAAGAGGACUACCGGCGCCUGUGGCGCGGAUUCUAUGCCACGCGUGAUCUCAUCCACGGCGAGGCUGUGAUCAACAACAGACGCUUUGGACCCUCAAGGAACAAGCAGGACGUCUUCGAUAACCUGGUGAUGAAGCGGCGCUACGCCAUCAGCUUCGACAUGCUGCUGCUGGAGGCGCAGGCGAGGGCUCAGCGCGCCAAGAAGCUGGCCUACAUCCAUGUGGUGGGCUUCGGCCUGGGUGUGUGGAAAGCAGCUGCUCAGCAGGAGCGCAUCUUCCUGGAGACCUUCGAGCAGCGCAUGCGCACGCUGGGCAACAAGCUCAAUCAUGUGGGUCUCGUGCACUUCUCCUGGUUUUCGAUCACCGACUGCGGCGGACUGCGCAACGGAUCGCUGGUGGAGAUCCCCGGCCAUCCGAAGGACGGCAUCAGGGUGCUCAUUUCCAAGCGCAAUCCCGCACGGAAGUUGACUGACCCCGAGCACGCCGGAAUGCUCCUAGUGGUGUCCUACGCCUGGGACGGCAACGCACUACCGGGCAACGAGUUCUGGAUGAAAAUGCUCAAGUCCACAGGCGACUCCUCGACAGCCUGCUCCACGUUGGUGGCCGAGCUGCACAAUCCUUACAUCAACACGGUUUUCUGCAACGGGGACAACCUGCACAUCGCCUCCCCGGAGCUCGGCGUGCUCCACAUCGCGGAAUAUGCCAAACGGGUGAUUCGGAGCGAGAGUGACGGCUGACGAGAUAUGGGAAUCUGCCCACUAUCUAAUCUUAUCUUAUCCUAUACGCGUAGCUACUGUUUUAUUCCACACUUGCUGUAGGUCAAUUCCAUGACCUUUUGACCGAUGCAUGACAAUUC